CUGACAAACUGCGAAUAGACUGAAAUUUACUUAAUCUCUUAUUCCAAAUCAAAUAGUCUUAACUUACAGCUUUUAUCUUUAAAUUUCACUUUUUCUGCUUCUCAUCGUCACCUUUCUCAAUCUGACAACCCUUACACUUUAUCUGGGUUUAUUCCAAAAAUUAUGCUACAAAUAAUUCGAUAUGAAUUAUUACUUGGAUUUACUUAUUUUAGUGAUUUCAAUCUGUGCUUCUCGUUACUGUAACAGAUCAAUAAGAACCUUAACCCUCUGUGGGUUUAACUCUGCGUCUGAUCGGCGUAAAUAAAUGCGUUCCACACGUUUAUCCGAGACACCAACCGUGGAAUCGCUUUCCCCACUGAGAUUUGUGGGUUUUGUUUGCAGUGUAACAUCUGACUUUGUGACGAAAUGUUCCCCGAGAGAUUGGAAGAGAGAAUGGUGCAUUGAUAAAAGGCAGUAUUUACGUUUUGUGCGUCCGCGAGUGUGUUCCUGCCCGAUAAUGGACCACUCCAUCAACUCGCGGCCUCUGCUGCAGCCCAGCGACAGCGAAUUCGCCGAGUCGGAUGGCGACGCGCGGGCGUCCAACGGCGACGUCGAGAUCAGGUCGGAGACAAAGAACGAGCCCAGCGACCGUCUCAACGUCAUUUACAUGAUCUUCUACCUCCUGGGCAUGACGACGCUGCUCCCCUGGAACUUCUUCAUAACGGCUGAGAAUUAUUGGAUGUUCAAGUUCCGGAAUGUGACUGGGAAUGACUCGGACGUGCUGACGCCCAUCCAGCGCACCUUCACGUCGGACCUGAGUGUCUCGUCGGCUGUGCCGAACACGGUGUUCCUGGUGCUGAACGCCUUCCUCAGCCACCGCAUUCCUCUGAGGCUGCGCAUGCUGGGCUCCAUGGGCGUGAUCUUCGUGCUCUUUAUCUUCACCACAGCCUUCGUGGAGGUGGACACGGACGCGUGGCAGAGAGCCUUCUUCGGCAUCACCAUCACGACGGUGGUUGUGAUGAAUAUCGCCGCCGCAAUUCUCUCCGGCGGCUUGUUUGGCAUCGCCGGCCAAUUCCCGUCCGAAUACAUGACGGCCGUGGUGAGUGGCCAGGCGCUGGGCGGCAUCUUCGCCGCCCUCUGCGAGGUCAUCUCACUGACCUUCGGCGCCUCGCCCAAGACCACGGCGCUGGUGUACUUCAGCGUGGCGAUCGUGGUGAUGAUCAUCUCGCUGGCCGCGUACUUCUUCAUGUCGCGCACGCUCUUCUUCAAGUUCUACACCGCCGCGGCGCACACGCCGCGCCUGCAGGACGAGGCGCGGCUGCUGGGCGAGCCGCCGCCGGCGCCCAACUUCCGCCUCAUCCUGCGCAAGAUCUGGCUCUACGGCUUCUCCGAGUGGUUCGUCUUCGUCGUCACGCUCUCGGUCUAUCCGGCCGUGACGGUGCUGGUGAACAGCGAGCACAAGGGCAACGGACACCUGUGGAAUGACGUCUUCUUCACCACCGUCGUGAAUUACCUGAUCUUCAACUCCGGCGACUAUCUGGGCAGAAUCAUCGCCGGACUGUUCGAGUGGCCUCAAAACCGUCCGCGUCUCGUGGCAUUUUUCACGGUGAUCCGAGUGGCGUUCAUUCCCAUCUUCCUCAUGUGCAACUCGCAGCCCAGAGAGAAUCUGCCCGUGAUCGUGCAUUCCGACAUCGUCUUCAUCCUGCUGAUGAGCGUCUUUGCGCUCACGAAUGGCUACAUUGCCAACAUUGCGCUGCUGUGCGCGCCCAAGAUUGUCGCCAGUCACGAGAAGGAAGUGGCGUCGUCCAUGAUGGCCGCAUUCCUGGGCAUCGGCUUGGCUUUCGGCUCAGGACUCGGCCUGAUAUUCGUCGAGAUACUCUGAACAGUGCACUCUUAGGACAAUUCACGCACGCAAGAUGCAUUCUCAGUCACUUAGCUGGAUUCCUUCAUGUGAUAUUAUUGCUCUGUCUCUCACUGUUAAUCUUUUUGUAUCCCAAAGACAGGCUUCUCCUUUUGUGUACAGUAGCUUUGAGAAAGUUAAUAUAGGUAAAUAAAUGGGUGAGAAAACACAUAAGAAGAAUUUCCCAGGCAACGGCGUCCCAAACAAAACAGGAAGCAGAGCUGAAGAACAGCUAGAAAACACUUCAGUGAGUCAGAAGAAGCAU